AUGGCAGCUGCCGUCGCCUCACUCUUUGGAUACAAACCCAAUAUUCUGGAGGAAAAGAAGCUUCCGAAGGAGCCACCGAAAGCCUUGCCUGCCUCAUGGUAUUCUUCGCCAGAGCUGUAUGAAUUGGAGCGACGAGCUAUUUUCUCCAAGAAAUGGAUUCUGAUCACCCAUAAGCUCCGAUUCACAAAGCCAGGCGACUACCUACGGUUCCAUGAAGCUGGCUUCUCCUUCUUUUUAUGCCUUGAUCGCGAGGGCAACUUGAAUGGCUUUCACAAUAUUUGUCGCCACCGCGCCUUCCCCCUCGUAUCAGAGGAUGAAGGCAAUGUCAAGAUUCUGUCUUGCAAGUAUCAUGGAUGGUCCUAUGGUCUCAACGGCAAACUCGCCAAGGCUCCGCGAUUUGAUGAUGUUCCUGGGUUUUCCAAGGAAGAUCAACGACUGUUCCCAGUACAUGUGCAUGUGGAUGCGCUCGGUUUCAUAUGGGUGAAUCUCGACUCUUCGCCUCAUCCUGUGCCGUGGGAAGAGGAUUUCAAAGGGGUUGACACCCAAGAACGAUUCCAGAAUUUCGACUUCAGCCAGUACAAAUUCGACCAUACGUGGCAAAUGGAUGGCGACUAUAAUUGGAAAACACUCGCCGAUAACUACAACGAAUGCUAUCAUUGUACAGUGGCCCAUCCUGAUGUCGCGAAUCUCGCCGAUCUGUCGUAUUACUACACGGUGUCUACUCCUGGGCAUAUUCAACAUUUCUCUCGACCCAAACAAGACAAGGUGAAUGACGAUAUCAAGAAUGCAAGCACCUAUUACUUCCCCAAUGCAUGCAUGACUGUCUCUCCUCACUUCUUCUACAUGAUGCGAUGCGUCCCAACAUCCGUAGGGACUUGCUCAAUGGAGUACGAAGUUUACCGACACAAAGAAGCAUCCGACGAAGAAUUUGAGCACAUUGACUCCUUCUUCAAGAGAGUGCUAGCCGAGGAUAAGUGGCUUUGCAAUGAGGCCCAAAAGAAUCUUAAUGCUGGUGUUUUCGUUAAUGGGCAACUUCAUCCUGAGCUAGAGAGCGCACCCCUCUUCUUCCAAACCACGGUUCGGAAAUUGCUUCUCGAUCAUCGGAGGGAGGAGCAGAAGGGGCAACGCGAAAUUUGGCCCGCUCGUCAGCAUUCAGCUGGAUCGGCCACUGCCGAGGAUAUUAGCUUUUGUUCAGGAUUGGCUUGUUCAGCGGAUGGUAAUAGCAAGCUCGACUGGUAA